AUCAAAAUGUCAGAAAUGAGCAAUAAUGUAUAUUGUCAUAUACGCGGUAACAUUCGCGUGAUCUUUAAUGUUACUCCGUGUAUUGCGUAUCACUUCUCGCGCUGUAUUCUCUAUAUAUCGUGAAUGUGUGUAUGCACCACCGUGUUGCCGUUGUUUCUUGUAUGGGAAUCACAUUUAUUACCGAUCACGUAUACACAUAUUUUCAUUCGCAUUACAUGCGUGUGUAUGUUUGUGCGGUGUAAUGUGCAUGUGUAUUAAAAGUCGCUUGCAAUCCAGUCGAGAACGGAAUCAAGGGAGCGCCUUUCUGUGUGCUCAUCGUGAACAAAAAACCAUACGAGUAUUAUUGUGAUCGCUCGCGUAUGAUGCGAGUUUCUAGAAGAUUUACGUGUAUUUUGUGUGUGAUAAUAUACGUUUUCUCUGACAAAUAAAUUGUGGUUUUAUUAGUAUACUACGUCACAUCGGUUUCUAUGUGUGUCUAUCUGUUACCGCAAACUGCGUAUUGCAUGUUUGAUGGAAAUCAUUGACCUCGCGAGCAGUUGACCGAGUUUUACGUUCGUAGAUUAAGAAAAAGAAUUAUAGUUUUAUUUAAACUGAAAAUUUCCUUUUUGGAAAAUUCAAAAUUUUAUGUUUUAUUUUGAAAUAGUUCUCUCUAUUCCAUUUGAAUUCCAUUUAAAUCACUAUAAUAAAAUUCGUCAUAUAUAUUCGAAAUAUCGCAACAUCUAGAUCCAUUCUUUCAGCCAUUUGGUAUAUGGUAAGAUCUCGGUAAGAUCUACGCGUUCAAGGUCACAAAACAAGUAGCCGGCACGUAAAGUGGUCGCAUGCACAUGCACGUUGUAUACGAUACGCGAUACUCGUUUCCUGACCAAAAAUAAUAGUUCGUCGAGCGCGCACAAGUCGAACCGGCCGCUGAUCGAGGUCAGGUUCUUUUGCAUUCGUUUAUUCGUUCAUUCGCUUGCUCAGUUGCUCGCGUCUGCGAUAAAUUACCAGUGACACGCGUAAUCUCGACCCUUUCGAUUCGCCUAGUGACUGUACUAUAGUGUUCUUUCCAAUUGUACCGUUCGCGCUUACUUGCUCUCUUGCGCGCGCUGUUUUCUGUCUUUGUUGUGUAUAUAUUCGUGAAAUACGCUUUCGGUUCGCUCGCACGCGACUCCGUGUAUGGAAGUGUGGAGCAGCGUGAAUGUUGUGAAACGAAGGUGAAGAAAGAAGAGAACCGACGAAGAUAAAAAGAGAAAGAAAAGAAAAGGACAAUAACGUUACAGGAGUAAAGUGAAACGAUAUUGAGCGGGAAAAGCAAACAUAUAGAAAAGGAAAAAAGUAAACUGAUGUGUGAGUAGAAGGGCAAGUGGAACUUGGAGUAAGAUAAAGACAGACGCGAACGAGAUAGAUCGAAAAUCAUUGAACGGUAAAAACACGGCUACGAAAGGAAAUUAAUACUACGAAACAGUUGACGGGAUAUAUCUAGUAGAAAAAAAAAGACGGUUCUUGAUGCGUAACGCGGUUGGAAAGGCCUGACCAUCGAUUUGUCGUCCGUGAAUCUAGUGCGCGUUUGAAAUCGGGCUAGUCUCGCGCGCGCGUGUGUGUUACGUGCACCUAAGCGAACGCAGCCAGCGAGGCGCGCGGACGGACGAGAAAAGGAGGAAGAGGUGGCGGUGGUGGAAGAGAGGGCGGAGAAGGAGAGGCGGUUGAACAGGCGGGCGGAGAGAAAAGUUCGAGAAGCGGCAAUACCAGUGCCAGCCAACAUCAACAACAUCACAACAACAAUAAUACAGAUCGCCGCGGUGUAUACAAGGCUGCUGCUCGUGGUGUGCGUUCUGAACGUUUAUCGCGUUGUGUGUCGCCGCGCGCGACGGUGAUCAUCGGUGUGUGUACCGGGAUUGCAGAGAAAGAGGUAGUGAACCGAAGCCGCCAGAAUUACGCCAAACCGGGGAAAUAUGAGCAUUGCUGCCCUAUUACAGGCCGCCGAGUAUAUUGAACGAAGGGAAAGAGAAGCUGAACAUGGCUACGCUUCGACGAUGCCGAUGCCCGAUGAUAUGCGGACGGUCACAAAAAGGCCAAAGACGAAAAAAUCCCAGGGCAGCAGGACAACUCAUAACGAGCUGGAGAAAAAUAGGAGAGCUCACCUCAGAAAUUGCCUUGAAAAGUUGAAGGUGUUGGUUCCGUUAGGUCCGGAAACCUCGAGACAUACCACGUUGGGCCUCUUGACUAAGGCCAAGCGUUUUAUCAAGAGCCUGGAGGAGCGCGAGCGCAAGCACGCCGUGCACAAGGAACAGCUGUCACGCGAGCAGAGGUUCCUGAGACGACGGCUGGAGCAGCUGACGAACCAGACGGGCCUGCACGGGUUGCACGGUCUCCACGGCCUCCACGGGCUGAGCUCGAGCGCCCCGACCGGUUCCUCUUGUGGACCUGGAACCGCAGCGGCUGCAGCUCUUCUCUCAAAACGGCGCAGCGUUUCCGAGUGCUCGCUUGGCACGGCCUCGUCAACCAGCUCCACGGCCAGCUCCAGGAACUCCGACAGGUCUGCGGGCAGUCCCUCCGUCUCGGAGUCCGCUUUCUAUGAAGUAGAUGUAAUCGGUUAUACAAGCAAUCAAUCGGACACCGAUGAUCACAGCAGCGUGCAAAGCAGCAGCGACAGUGGCGUCACAAUGUCCACCUCCAGGCUGACCCUUUCCGAAAUGAUGGACAAUCUUUAGACAAAGAGGUGGCGCGGUGGCGGCGGAAGAACGUGGAGGGGGAGCAUUUGAAGGCGAGGAAGAGGAAGCGGCGGAGAAAGAUUGUGCGAGGGAUGCUGGACGAGAGGGACGCACGAGGGGCGAAAAAGAGGCAGGGGAGAAGAGAAGAGAGCAAUCUGAGCGUACGAGGUAUCCAGUUCGCAUACACGCAUCUACGCACCACCCUUUUGGUCUACUUCGCGAAAGGUCGCGGAACGCGCGCCGCGAUACUCUUCGCCAAGGAUAAGACGUUGAAGAGGCGACAUCAUCGGCGUGUACGCGUGACUAACUUGGAUAGUGUUUGAAGAAGAAAGGGAUGAAACGGAAGAAAUAGCAAGAAGAAUGACUUCGAACAAUCGGCCGAAGGUAGCAACGAAGAUACGAGAGAAACGAAGAAGAGGAAGCAUGACGAAUAGUGUGAAAUCUUGGCGCAAAUCUAUCGACGUCAAACUAACUGUCGCGAAAUGGGGUGGGGAGAUUGACUUUGAACAAAACCACCUUUGUAACACGCAAUAGAAGAGAAAAAGCGUUCCUCGUGAAGACGAGAAUUAUGAGGAGGGAGCGCGGGGAACGAGCUGCAAGCAUCAUGUGUAAAUUGUCAAUCGAAUAUUGUACAUAUUUUUAAGGGAGACUAAAUUUAUCGAGUGGGAGAAACGGGAAAUUGGAGGGAUAAAUGGGAAUGAGAAGCGAAUUCCCAGCGUUUCUUCCUCGAUGGAAAGUGUAGUAUCGUGGAGUAUCGGUCGGUUCGUGUGAACGCGUCGAUUUUUCCGGAAGAGAUCGCCCUGAUCGAGGAGCCACGAUUGGAGGAAAGAUGAUCGAUCGAACCAUUCAGGAUUUGAUGGAGGCUCAUCUUUCUCAUGCCUCUGAUCGAUUGGCUUUGGAUCGAAAUUCGCGGAGAAUCCUUAAGAACAAAGCUUGCGCUGAUGCAAGAGCGUAACAGCCUCGUUGCCACUUCCAUCACCAUACCCAAAAUCUUUUGUCGAUUCUUCUUUUUCACAACGAUGAUCGACCCUCGUUUUAUGUCUUUCUCGUCUCGAUUCGACGCGAGGUUUCCGUUGGUACGGGAAUGAGUUGUUACGCAUUCGAAUAACGGGAGACAAGCGUGAACUGCAUGAAACCAUGAGGAUAGAGAGAGAAAAAAAGAAUAUUCGCCGCUCUAUCUUUUCGAGGAUGUAUUAUUUUGUCGCCGCCGAUGUCCGCUUCGAUGAUCGCGGGCAGUCGUCGAUUUGAUUUCUCGAGGUUAUUGUAUUUCGCUUUCGACAAUGACACAAGGAGUGAAGGUGUCCGCUUUUUUGUUUCAAGCGUCGUGAAAUAAUUCAUGGACAACUUUGCUCUUUUCGAGUGCGAAAAAGAGAGAAGUUUGUUAAGGAUGAAUACGCGUAGGAGAGCAAUGUUUUCACGAUAGUUUCACGACGAUUCCUGAUUAACUAUCCUUCGAUGAUCUAUCGAGAGGAUCGUUAUUGCGAAUGCCUUCGGUGCAUACCUCUGAGGAAGAAGAAUCUUCAUUUCCGCCACAUUGUACAGGCUCCGUGAUCGUGAAUACGAGAGAAAAAAAAAAAAAAAAGAAAAAAAGCAGAAAUAAAAACGGAGAAGAAAUAAAUUGAGAAGUAGAAAGUUCGUUUAUGAAAGAAAGAAAGAAAGGAAGAUGUUUAUAAAUUGCGAAGAGAAAAAGAAAGGUGGAGAAACAGUGACUGGAAAAUAAAGGAUGAAACAGUGUGAAAAGACAUCAACAGAAUUAUUAUCGUUAAUUCCGCCUUUCGAUACAGAUACAAGCAUACAUACUCACAAAAGAGUAAGAGAAAGAGAUGGGGAAAUACAUAGAGAGGGAGAAAAAAACUAUAUAGAAAGAAAGGGAACCGAAAA